GUCAUAGUGAGACGGUAAACACUGGGACUCCGAGACAAGGACUGGAAACUAGAAGCAGUCCUCCAUGGAGUACACAGGAAGCAAGUUUAUCGGGGAAUAUGUACGUAGGAGGAUGGAGGGCAAUGCCGAAUACAUCCUCCCUACAGAAACAAAAUACGUCGGGGAGAUGAAGGACGGCAUGUUUCACGGCAAAGGCACCCUGUUCUUCCCCGGUGGGAGCCAGUACGAUGCCAUCUGGGAGAAGGGAGUGGCCAUAAAGGGCACCUACACCUUUGCAGACGGGCUGCAGUAUGAAGCAGAGCACUGGCAUUACUGUGACAGCUAUGACCGGAGAUUUUACACGGAGAUCUGCCAUGGCUUGAGACCUUCAGUUAUCUGUCAACUCACCAAUAUGGACCCACCCAGAAGAAUCCCCAAAGGCUGUUACGAUUGUGGAGAGGGCUUCUACAACCCUGUCACGAGGAUCAUCAGGGACUACAAAAGCCGCUUUCUGAGAAAUGCAGAUGACGAAGAGCAUGAGUGGAUCAUCCAGACAUGUCGGAAAGGUUAGGACGAGAUUGUGGAUCCUGGGCCCAAGCUGUGAGCCUCUCAGCCACCUCCACCAGAGGUUUCCAUCAGCCCUGUCUUGGUGCUAGUUCUAGACUCUCAGUUUUGGCAGAAAAAUAAAGCU